AUGGACGAUCCCGGACCUGAUGUCCACAACUUCUCGCCGACUCAGCAUCGGUUGCCCACUGUAUCAGGAGUCGAAGCUCUCAAGCUUGCGUCCGAGAAGGCGAAAAGCAUCUCAACCGGCCUCCCAACCCUGGAUGGAUUGCUCUUACCCAACGAACUGUCUCUGGCUACACCAGGGCUCCAACGAGGAUGUGUCACCGAGAUCUUCGGCCCUCCAGGAGUGGGCAAGACGGCCUUCGGGCUUCAAGUUGCCACCAACGCGAUGACUUCCACCCACGACGAAUCUCAUGUCCUGUGGAUCAACUGUGGCUCGCCACUCACGCCGAACAGGCUUCGCCAGUUGAUGGCUGGUCACCGGCAAACCCAGGACCCCAAGUUGUCUCCUCCGGGCGCUCUUAAUCCUCCAGACACCGCAACUCUGGUCAGCGAGAGAUUCACGUACCUGGAAGCACACUCUCUACCAAGGCUUCUUACUAUUUUCCUACACCCGAGCCAGACGCUCCCCGGUAGCAAGACAAGCUUGAUCGUAGUGGACGACCUGUCGAAUCUGAUCCUUGGCUCGUUCUCCCGAAGCGCAAAACACCUGAAGCCCGGGGCGCCAGCUGUGGUCAAGGAGAAGUUCGAGAAACGAGCCGCCGGGCGGAGAUUCCAGAUCAUCGAGAGCCUCGGGGCGGCCAUGUCCAAAAUGGCAACCCUCGGACGUCUCGCAAUACUGGCGCUGACGAACUCGACCAUCAGCCUGAAGACGGGACAGAAGGCCAUGCUCAAGCCAGCGCUGUCCAGCCAAGCAUGGGAUACGGCCAUCAACACGCGAAUCAUGCUCUACCGCGAUUUCCCAGACAAAGACCAGGAGCCCCAACUGUCCAAGCUUGAAACGCGAGCGCUUCGGUAUGCCGAAGUGCAGCGCCUGGGCCGGAAGGAAACCCGCGGGCCUCCGGUGGCUUUUGUCAUUCUGGCAGACGGUCUGCGACAAUUGCAUCCCCCCGAACCGCACGAUCAAGAGGAAGAGGACAUCUUCAACGCAUUCCACGGCACCGAGGAACAGCGUCGCCCUCCACAGAUCCAUCUCCCUCUCCUGCCCGACGAAAUAUCACAGCCUCCUCAGCCGAAGAAGCGCAAGGCCACAGAGAUAGCCGACAGCGAAGACGAGGAGGAAACCGACGACGGCGACGGCGACGGCGACGAGAGGAACGGUAAGGCCGACGCGUCGGUCCACGCCGAACCCAAACUGCCGACACUUCCGACGCUCGAGAAAGAAAUCAUUAUAAAGAAGGAAGAGGAAGAAGAUAAUGACGACGACGACGAAAUGAUUCUCGACGCACACGAAGCGGCAUUGCUGAGAAGCUAUAGACACGCCAUCAUUAGAGGCUCAGAGGAUGCAAUUCCUAUAUCGUCCGACGAAGAAGAAGAAGAAGGUGAUGAUGAUGAUGAAGAUGAAGGCGGUUACGGAUGA